AAAUUUCGUCUGCUAUUUCUUGACAUGUCAAUAUAAACAAUUGUACUAAUUUUAUAUUUUUAAAAUGUAUAUAAUGUUUUACGAUUCUUUUUUUGUUGAAAUUCUUUGAAAAAUCUAUUUAUCUAUGAAUAAAGAAGAAUAUAGAAGAAAUUUUGUUAGUGUAAAUUCCAAAGCACUUUAAAUUUUUUCCAUAACAAAAAAAAUGUACACUUGUACAAAUUGUGGAGCUGAAGUUGCAAAUUUAUACAGACGUUACAGUCCAAGUGUCUUAAAAGUCUUAAAAUGUAAUUCAUGUGGAUAUUUAGCUGAUAAAUAUAUUGAAUACGAUCCAGUAAUUGUUCUUUUAGAUUUAAUUCUCCUUCAAAAAUCGGCAUAUCGACAUUUAUUUUACAAUAGCAAUUUUAAAUCCUAUUGGAAAUUAAUGAUAGUUUUAAUUUUGGGUGAAUCAUUUCAAAAAUGGUUAGAUUCUUCGAUUUCACUAAGUGAUAACGAAGAGAGAAAAGAUUCUUUUGAGGGUGAGAAAAAUCUUUAUAUUAUAUUGAUUCAAACAACAUUAUCGCUAAGCGCUCUUAUUUGCACAAUUAUUAUUUCAAUGGAAUUGCGUUGGUUUUUUAUUUGUAAAAGGCCAGAAAUGUAUAAAUCAAGAAAUUUGGUGAAAGCAUUAAUAAUUGGCCGUUAUCCAAAUUUACUAGGAUUAUUGGGAAUAGUAUGGAAACAUAAUUCGCCAAAAUUACAUAAUUUUUUAAUCUACGGAUAUGAAUUAUUGUGUUUACUAACAGCCUAUUCUGUGGUAAGCGACAGUGAAAAGAGUGGCUCAUUGAUCGUGUUAAUUUUGGGUUUAUUGGCACAUAACAGCGUCUCAAGUGGCUUAUUCGAAAUGCCCCAGUUGAUCUCCAAUGUCACGUUGAUGCAAAACUGACGCGAAACAAUGGAAGACCUCAAACAUCUUUUACAGGUAUUACACUCCAGCCCAAUACAAGGCGAUCGAAACCACAUGAAAAUAGAU